AAACACUGCGCGAGUCGCUAUGGUGACGGCGCUCGGCUUGACUGCGUGAUGGGUUGACAGGUUGCGCGCGCGGCUGUUAGUGCUCUGCGCGAGCAUGUACUCCAAGAGUGUGCGGGUACCGUCGGAUAGUCAAGCCAGAGAAAAGCUAGCCCUCUAUGUUUAUGAAUAUCUGCUACAUGUUGGAGCUCAGAAGUCAGCACAGACUUUCCUCUCAGAGAUCCGAUGGGAGAAGAACAUCACGCUGGGAGAGCCACCUGGGUUCCUUCACUCCUGGUGGUGUGUUUUCUGGGAUCUCUACUGUGCAGCUCCAGAAAGGAGAGAAACAUGUGAACAUUCAAGUGAGGCCAAAGCUUUCCAUGACUAUAGUGCAGCAGCCGUGCCCAGCCCUGCAAGUGGGAAUCUCCCUCCAGGAGAGGGAAUGCCAUUACCCCCUGGAUUUUUCCAGCAGUUCAUGUCCCCUCGUUGCCCCGGAGGCCCCAGAGCUCCUCUCAGAAUGCCCAGUCAGUAUAUCCAGGCGAUGGGCCCAGGCAACCAGCCACUCUUAAGUGGGAUGGAUCCUAUGAGACAGCCAGGCCAUCUUCACAUGAAUGGGCCAAUGCAAAGAAUGAUGCCUCCAAGAGGAAUGGUUCCUAUUGGACCACAGAACUUGGCCGGUGGAAUGAGGCCUCCUGUACAUUCAUUAAUGGGACCAGCGAUGCCUGGCAUGGCUCCAGGAGGAGGGAGGACUUGGAUAAAUCCUCCAAACACCAACUCAAUUCCAUACUCAUCGUCAUCUCCAGGAAGUUACACAGGUCCAACAGGAAGUGGAGGAGGAGCUCCAGGGACACCAGUCAUGCCCAGUCCUGCAGAGUCAACCAGUUCAGGGGACAACAUGUACAGUGUGAUGAAUUCAAUUCCUCCAAAUGGAAACAGGCCAAAUUUUCCUGUUGGUCCUUGUGUCGAUGGUGCAAUGGGAGGAGUUGCAGGAAUAGAAGCUCAUCCUCUGAACGGUUCAUUAGCAUCAGGUGACAUUGACAGCCUCCCAAAGAGCUCCCCUGGGAACCUGAGUAUGAACACCCAGCCCAGUACGCCAAGAGGUGAUGGAGAAAUGGCAAGCAGCUUCCUCAACCCCUUUCAGAAUGAGAGUUACUCUCCCAACAUGACGAUGAGCGUGUGAGACUGAAUGGAGCAAUGAAGAAACAAACGCACUUGGAUUCUCAUUGUGGAUGUUCCCCGUGGGAGUGCUGCAGUGUAACAUUCAAACAUUUCCCUGGUCCAGCACAGCCAGUCUGAACAAACCACAAGCAGGCUUGUUAGGCUUGUUUUAAUGUCGCUCUGUAGCUCAAGUGUGGAAAAGAACAAUCCAAAUGUUUUUGCAGGAUUUCUGCUUCAUCUCUCAUGCUAUUUCUCUGUCUUGAUGCAUGUCUUGUUAUUGCGUAAUGUUAUCUUCAUGAGUCAUUUUGUUAAGUUUCAUAGGGAGUGUCGGGGAUUUCUUCUGCUAUGAAAGGAACAAAACAGUGGGGAUUGUUGCUUUUUUUUUUAGGAGACAUCAGUGCUAGUCAGCUGUCUACAGAUGCAAUGUAUUUUUUUUAAUUGCCCCUGAUAAUUCCAUUGAAAGGAAUACUGAUAGAAAGCUUAUGUUUCUGGUUUCUAAAGUGGCCAAGUUCUUUUCCAAUUAUUGUGUAUAUUGUUGCAGUUUCAAUUAUCAGUUACGUUUUUCUUGCACAUUUCCUGUAACAAUAAAUUUUGUUUACAUAAUACAA